UGGGAAAAUAACAAACAAUUUAGUCUCCUCCCCCAAAGCUUAAAAUAGAAGCACACACACUCUUCUCUCUCACACACAAAGUUUUGUCGUAGGAUAGUUGGUCGCUGUGCUGAAAAUCUUCCAGAACCUGUUCCUGACCUACGCUCCUAAGCACAGAUCUAGGAUCAGCUCAUCCUCAUCAAAUCCAAACCAGGACCUUAUUAAACCACAAGGGGAACACUAACCUCAGACCAGCGUUUAAACCCCACGUCUUCCUGCGAAGACACUGACACUCCGUCCGGAAUUCCUCUGCGCUCCAGCUGUCCAUCCAUCCAUCCGUACAUCCAUCCAUCCAUCCACACCCCAGCCAGCCAUGGGUCUGAUGAGCGAGGACAUGGAGUGCUGUGUCUGCCUCCAGCCCUACUCUCGCAGGGAGAAGAUCCCUCGGAUGCUCCACUGUAAGCACACAUUCUGUGGGCUGUGCUUGCAGGCGAUGUCCAGGCUCCAGAGCGGACUACUGACAGUCUGCUGCCCCCUGUGCCGUUGGAUAACCUGCACCGAGCCCAGCCUCACCCUGUCGGGGUCGCUGUGGGUUAACACUGAGAUCUGGGACCAGAUACUAGACAGACAACAGGAAGAGGAGGAGGAGGAAGAGGAGGAAGAGUGGAAGGGAGCUAACAGACAGACACAGACCACUACACAGUACACAUGUUCUCCAUCAAGGCAUUGUGGCCUGAGGCUCAAACUACAGAAUUUCCUGAGGAGGAUGAAGCACAAUGUACUGUAAACCGAGAAGACGAAGAGCAGAGAAAAAGAAGCCUGGAUUUUCCCAUUUCAGAGUAGGAGAUACUUAUUGAGUAAGGAAGCUAAUUCAUAAAACAAGACCGACCGGUGAUUUUCCAUAAUGAAGCAAGAUUGAACCAAUUAUUCAGAUGCUUUGUGUUUGAUUGACUUUGGGUAUGUGUAAUGUUCUCAGUCAACUUACCUGGUAAAAUAAGGGUUAAAUUAUAAUAUUAAUAAUAAAGGAUGGAUAGGUGGAGGAAAUAAAAAAUAAGAUAUUAAAUGGAUUGAGGAAGAAAGAAAGAUAAAGGAAGUUAUGAAUAGACGGACAGACAGACGGACGGACGGACGGACGGACGGACGGACGGACGGACGGACGGACGGACGGACGGACGGACAGACAGA